AAGCGCCGGGCCCGGCCGCCCAGCCCCGCAGCCCGCGCUCCAGCCCCGCUCAGCGCCCAGACGCGCCCAGACGCCAGCGCCCCCGACGGCACCGCGGACGCCGGCCCCGCACCAGCCCCGCAGCGCGCGCCCUCCACCUGCGCCGCAGCCCGGGGCCCGCCAGCCCCGCCAGCCGCCCGGGGACACCGGGGCAGGGCCCGCGCCGCCGCUCCCGGGAGAGCCAGCAUGCCGGCCCCGCGCGGAGCCGCGCUCCUGCUGCUGCACCUGGCCCUGCAGCCCUGGCUGGGCGCCGGCGCCCAGGCGCCCCAGGUCUUUGACCUUCUCCCAUCCUCCAGCCAGAGGCUGAACCCAGGUGCCCUGCGGCCAAUCCUGACCGACCCCACCCUGAAUGAGCUGUACGUGAUCUCCACCUUCAAACUGCAGUCGAAGAGCUCGGCCACCAUCCUCGGCCUUUACUCUUCCACUGACAACAGCAAGUAUUUUGAAUUUACUGUGAUGGGACGCUUAAACAAAGCCAUCCUACGUUACCUGAAGAAUGACGGGAAGAUCCAUUUGGUGGUUUUCAACAACCUGCAGCUAGCUGAUGGCAAGCGGCACAGGGUCCUACUGAGACUGAGCAAUUUGCAGCGAGGGGCUGGCUCCAUAGAGCUCUAUGUGGACUGCACCCAAGUGGAUUCUGUUCACAAUCUCCCCAGAGCCUUCUCUGGCCUCACCCAGAGUCCUGCGUCCAUUGAAUUGAGGACUUUCCAGAGGAGGGCACAGGACUUCUUGGAAGAGCUGAAGCUGGUGGUGAGAGGCUCGCUGUUCCAGGUGGCCAGCCUGCAAGACUGCUUCCUGCAGCAGAGCGAGCCGCUGGCCACCACAAGCUCAGGAGACUUUAAUCGACAGUUCUUGGGGCAAAUGACACAACUGAACCAGCUACUGGGAGAGGUGAAGGAUCUUCUUAGACAGCAGGUCAAGGAAACAUCAUUUUUGCGAAACACCAUCGCUGAGUGCCAGGCUUGCGGUCCUCUUAGCUUUCAGUCUCCAACCCCAAGCACACUGGUGCCCCAGGCCCCCCCUGCACCCCCAGCCCCCCCAGUGCGCCUGUGUGACGCCAACUCGUGUUUCCGAGGAGUCCGAUGCACCAACACCAGAGAUGGCUUUCAGUGCGGGCCCUGCCCCGAGGGCUACACCGGCAAUGGGAUCACCUGCACUGACAUUGAUGAGUGCAGAUACCAUCCCUGCUACCCCGGUGUGCGCUGCGUGAACUUAGCUCCCGGCUUCCGAUGUGACCCCUGCCCAGUGGGCUUCACAGGGUCCCCGGUGCAGGGUGUGGGGAUCAGCUUUGCUAAGUCAAAUAAACAGGUCUGCACUGAUAUUGAUGAGUGUCGAAAUGGAGCAUGUGUUCUCAACUCUAUAUGCACUAACACUCUGGGUUCUUAUCGCUGUGGGCCUUGUAAACCCGGAUACACAGGUGAUCAGACGAGGGGCUGCAAACCUGAGCGGAACUGCAGAAACCCGGAACUGAAUCCUUGCAGUGUGAACGCGCAGUGCAUCGAGGAGAGGCAGGGGGAUGUGACGUGCGUGUGCGGAGUCGGAUGGGCUGGCGAUGGCUAUUUCUGUGGAAAGGAUGUGGACAUUGACAGUUACCCAGACGAAGAACUGCCAUGCUCUUCAAGGAACUGCAAGAAGGACAACUGCAAGUACGUGCCAAACUCUGGCCAAGAAGACGCAGACGGAGAUGGCAUUGGCGAUGCUUGUGAUGAGGAUGCUGACGGCGACGGGAUCCUAAAUGAGCAGGAUAACUGUGUCUUGACUCACAACGUGGACCAGAGAAACAGCGACCAAGAUAUCUUCGGGGAUGCCUGUGACAACUGCCGGGAUGUCCUCAACAACGACCAGAAAGACACCGAUGGGGAUGGAAGAGGAGACGCCUGCGAUGACGACAUGGAUGGAGAUGGAAUAAAAAACAUUCUGGACAACUGCCAGAGAGUUCCCAAUCGUGACCAGCAGGACAGGGAUGGCGAUGGCGUGGGGGAUGCCUGUGACAGUUGUCCUGAUGUCAGCAACCCUAACCAGUCUGAUGUGGACAACGAUCUGGUUGGGGACUCCUGUGACACCAAUCAGGACAGUGACGGAGACGGGCACCAGGACACCACAGACAACUGCCCCAACGUCAUCAACAGUGACCAGCUAGACACCGAUAAGGAUGGAAUCGGUGACGAGUGUGAUGACGACGAUGACAAUGACGGCAUUCCAGACCUGGUGCCCCCUGGACCGGACAACUGCCGGCUGGUCCCCAACCCGGCCCAGGAGGACAGCAACAAUGACGGCAUAGGGGACCUCUGUGAGACAGACUUUGACCAGGACAAGGUCAUCGAUCGGAUUGACGUCUGCCCGGAGAAUGCUGAGGUCACCCUGACUGACUUCCGGGCCUACCAGACAGUGGUCCUGGACCCUGAAGGGGAUGCUCAGAUCGAUCCCAACUGGGUAGUCCUGAACCAGGGCAUGGAGAUUGUGCAAACCAUGAACAGCGACCCUGGGCUGGCAGUCGGAUACACGGCUUUCAAUGGAGUUGACUUCGAAGGGACCUUCCACGUAAAUACCCAGACGGAUGACGACUAUGCCGGCUUCAUCUUUGGUUACCAGGACAGCUCCAGCUUCUACGUGGUCAUGUGGAAGCAGACGGAGCAGACGUACUGGCAGGCCACCCCCUUCCGGGCCGUCGCAGAACCUGGCAUUCAGCUUAAGGCUGUCAAGUCUCAGACAGGUCCCGGGGAGCAUCUCCGGAAUUCCCUGUGGCACACCGGGGACACCAGCGACCAGGUCAGGCUGCUGUGGAAGGACUCGAGGAACGUGGGCUGGAAGGACAAGGUGUCCUACCGCUGGUUCCUGCAGCACCGGCCCCAGGUGGGCUACAUCAGGGUGCGCUUUUAUGAAGGCUCUGAGUUGGUGGCUGACUCCGGAGUCACCAUAGACACCACCAUGCGAGGCGGCCGGCUCGGCGUCUUCUGCUUCUCCCAAGAAAACAUCAUCUGGUCCAACCUUAAGUACCGCUGCAAUGACACCAUCCCAGAGGACUUCCAAGAGUUCCAAACCCAGAAUUUCGAUCGCCUGGAUAAGUAAACUCAAGAAUCAAUUCAUAAUUGCUUUUCCGAACACGAAAGCCUUAUUUUCUUUAACUUCCUACAUUUUCUUCAUAUAUCCUGUGGCUUUCUUUUACCACCCCAAAUGUAUCAAACUUUUUAUAUGAACGUAGCAAUAAAGAGGAGAUAAUUUCUAAAAA